AAAACAACCUCGAAUGCUGCAAGUCCAUGGCCCACGAAAAGGCAGGGACCGGAUUCGAGCUCUGCCGAGAUACCAAGAUCACAAGCGCGAUGCAGCCAAAACUGACGUGCUCAGGGAUCGGCGACUGCCAUUGACCAGUACAUCAAGCUUGUGCGUGUUGGGGUCACCUCACAAUUGCGAGAGUAAAGCACGCAAUGCUGUAGUACAAUGAGGAAGCUAUGGUGGGGUAUUGGAAGCUCGGGGGAAUGGCGUCUAUUUGCAUUUCUUGGAAGCAUUGGCCUUCACCAAGAGUUUUGAAUGAGCACAAGUGUGUUCCAAUUCCACGCUGCUCUUUCGUUUGAAAAUUAUCGUUUUCGCCUAAAGUUGUUCUUCUGAAUCCAGACAAAUAUGGCUCCCUCAGUCAACGACCUGCUGGCUUCGAAUGGCGACACCAUCCAAGAACCCAAUGCAAAGAAAGUCAAGCCGAAUCCAACCUCAGACCCCACAGUCUACGAUAUCCACCACCAAAAGUUCAUCAGCGAUGGCCUCCCUUCCUCAUCUGAAGCAUGGAUCGAGCGAGCUCGUCAAGUCUCCGCGAUCCUAGCAAUAGAUGCCGCAUCCCGAGACAUCGAGAACAAAUCCCCAAGAGCUGAAGUAGCUCUUCUCAAGAGCUCUGGUCUCUUGAAAGUUCUGGGACCACAUGCUUUUGGUGGGGGCGGACAGACGUGGGAUGUUGGUUAUAAGGUUAUCAGAGAAGUUGCGAAGGGUGAUGGGAGUUUGGGAAUGUUGUUGGGGUAUCAUUUGUUGUGGUCUACGACUGCGAAUGUGGUUGGGACGGAGGAGCAGAAACAUAGGUUUCAGAGGUUGAUCAUUGAGAAUAAUUAUUUUGUUGGAGGCGCUGUGAACCCGAGGGACAAUGACCUCAAUAUCACUGAUCAUGGUGAUCAUCUUGUCUUCGAUGGAUUCAAGAACUUCAAUACUGGAGGUGUGGUGUCUGAUUUGACUGUUCUUGAGGGCGUAUUUGCUGGAACUGAACACCACAUAUUUGCAUUCGUUCCCACUGAACAGCAGGGCAUUCAGUUUGCACACAACUGGAACAAUGUCGGGCUCCGUCUCACUGAAUCCGGAAGCGUAAAGAUUAACCAGAUUCGAGUACAAUGGGGAGAUGCUCUCGGGUGGGACGUAUCAACCAAACUUCCCGACCCAACCGUCCUUGCAAUCCCAUUCGCAACUCUCCUUCUCCCAACAAUUCAGCUCGUAUUCUCCAACUUUUACCUCGGAAUUGCCCAGGGAAGCUUAGACUUCGCCUCGAAAUACACAACCACCUCAACUCGAGCAUGGCCCUAUGGAGGUGACAACAAACAAUCCCCUACCGAAGAGUUCUACAUCCUCGAACGCUACGGAAAUUUCUUCGCCCAUCUCCGCGCUGCUGAAACUCUGGCAGAUCGCGCUGGACUCGCUAUCACUGACAUCUACACCAAGCAUGGUGAAGCUCGUACAGUAACAGAGCGCGAGCGUGGAGAUGCAGCUGAGUGGGUAGCGAGCGCGAAGGUUGUGACGACUGACACAGCGUUGAGGGUCACGGCUGGGGUGUUUGAGGUCACGGGAAGUAGGGCGACGGGGAGAAAAGUUGGGUUGGAUAGGUUUUGGAGGGAUGUUAGGACGCAUACGUUGCAUGAUCCGGUGGCGUACAAGAAUAGGGAAUUGGGAGAGUAUGUUCUGCUUGAUAAGGUUCCUGAGCCUACGUGGUAUACUUGAGAGUUUGGGGGAUAUAGUAGCAAGAAGAUUUUUGAGGCUAGUAAUAGCAAUACUUAUUCUUUCCAUUCAAAUACCAAAAUCUG